AUGUUAAAUAAAAAUAAGCAGAAGGCAUCUGCCAAUGCUACCCAACCAUCUAAUAAAGGUCCUAACCCCAAAAAACCAUCUCCAUUUUCAUUCGCAAACACUGAAUGUAAACUUUCCUACGAUGCUCAAGUCUCAAAUAGAGAAGUCCCCAAGACUGAUCUAAUUAACUCACUGUUCUUUGACCUCCGUAACCUCCAAGUCACUGAAGAACAGCUUUUCGAAGCUAUUCAGGAUGACAUUAUGGGCGUAGCCUACAGACAGGAAUCUGGCUUCCUUGAAGUUACUCUUACUGACCAAGAGGCUAUCAAAAAAUACCUCACAGAAGGCCUAACGAUUGCUGAUACACCCAUCAUCCCUCUACCUCCCAGAAACUUAAACCCAAGAACCCUAAGGAUUAAACUAGCCAACGUGCCUAUGCAUCUAAGCAAAACACGCCUCGAACAAGAUAUCAAAAGCUAUUGGGGGCAAUUCGCCUGCAUUAAAGCUAUUGCACCAUACACCUAUAAGGGAACAGCUAUCCUCACCAGACGUUGGGAUCUAAUUGUCCAACUCAAACCAGAAGCCAAUGCACUAGAAGCUCCAGUGGUAUGGGAAUAUCAGGAAAGUAAAGUCCUUGCAACAUGGAGAGGAGCACCUGCUUCCUGCCUCUCAUGUAAGUCAGCUGGGCACUACUCCAGCGCAUGCCCUACCUUUCCGCCAAAAAGGAAGACAACUGAAACCCUGAAAAAAAUGAUCAACAAGCAGGUAACCAGCCCCCCUGAAACCAACAUACCAAAUGAAGGAGCAACAAAUAAAGCACCAGUUGCCUCAUCUAGUAAAACACCAAUUGCCUCAACCAACAAGGUAACCACCACAUAUGGUGCAACAAAUACUCCCCCUGUGGCACCACAACAAUUCCACACUCCCCCCACCCAACUGAUGUCAUAUGCAUCUGUAACUGCAGCAGGAUCCCCCAUCCCGCAAGCCCAACGACAAAUGCAUCCAGGAAUACAAUCCCAAUUCGAACCACUUGCAACAACAGCAUCAAGAGACCUGUACACAGGAAAUUCUCUCGACCAGGAAAUGGGGGGCCCCUAUUAUGGACAUGAGUACAGCCCAAAUCAAGACCUGACAGAUAUCACUACAUCACCUUUUGCAGGAGAUGACGAACAAAUGGCAAACCAAUAUCUCCCCCCAGAUAAUGAUGAGGAAAUGGCCUUAUAA